CAGUCGAGGAAUUGCAGUUUCAAUCACUUCCGUACUGGGCUUCACAGGGAGGAGACUGAAGCUUGGAAAGAUAAAGGAAUGGUCCAAUGUCAGCCAAUCAGGAAGCCCAAUCAGAUGAACUGCUGGCUCUGGCAAGCAUAUAUGAUGACGAAGAGUUUCGCAGGACAGAAUCAAGUCAGAAGGGUGAGAUCCAUCUGUGCCUCGAGCUUCCUCCUGACUUCAGACUGCUGAUCAAUGGGCAGACACGUGUAGAGGUUGAUGUUUCCUUUUUGCCGCCCUUGGUUCUGAGUUUUGAACUACCCACAGACUAUCCUUCAUCAUCUGCUCCAGUCUUUACUCUGAGCUCCAUUUGGCUAUCGAGAGUCCAGAUCACAACACUUUGCAAGAGACUGGAUGAACUUUGGGAAGAGAACAGGGGCAGUGUGGUUCUUUUUACCUGGAUCCAGUUCCUAAAGGAAGAGACUCUGCAGUUUCUGAACAUCCAGUCUCCACUUGAGAUCCAAACCAACGGUGUCCAGCCUCAGUGUGAAUCUGCUGAGAGCCAAGCAGCAGCUGCUGCUGUAGAAGAGCUGGACCAGCGAGUAGUUCAAGUAGCUGAUCCUCACAGUGAUUUAUUAACCCAGCUGCUGGAUUUUAAUGAAGCUCAGAAGAAGAAGGUCUUUGAGGCCACAGUUUUUACCUGUGGAAUUUGCUUUUCUGAGAACCUGGGCUCUAAAUGUGUGCUCUUCAAAGAGUGUCAGCAUGUGUACUGCAAGACCUGCGUUAAGGAGUACUUUGAGGUCCAGAUUAAAGAUGGCAAAGUCCAGUUUCUCUCCUGUCCUGAGGCAGAAUGCACCUCCCUGGCUACUCCUGCACAGGUGAAACUUCUCGUGAGCCAAGAAGAUUUUGCCCGCUAUGAUCGGCUCCUCCUGCAGUGGAGUCUGAACCUAAUGACUGAUGUUGUUUAUUGCCCUCGUGUGAGUUGUUGCAUGGCUGUGAUGCUCGAACCUGACCGGACCGUGGGCAUCUGCCCUUCAUGCCGAUUUGUUUUCUGCACCACCUGCAAUCGAACAUACCAUGGCCUCUCCAUCUGCAAAGAAAUCGAGCUUCGUCGGUUGAAAGAAGCCCGAGAAAAAGAGCAGAAGUUAAUUGAAGAAAAAGAAAGGAUUGAAUAUGAAAAGCAACUGGAAGAGAUAGAAAUGGAGGACACUUCCAGCGAUGACUGGUUGAUUAAAAACUGUAAACGGUGCCCGGCAUGUGGGACUAACAUACAGAGAAUAGGAGGUUGUAACAAGAUGAUCUGCUCUUGCUGUCGACAGUAUUUCUGCUGGUACUGUCUUGCAGUUCUCAAUGGAACUGACACCUACCUUCACUUCAAAUCCCCAUGCUUUAAGCAGACAAGUGCUUGAUUAAUAUCUGUAGUAAUGCACAUCCUCGAGCGUGCAUAGUCAUGUGUUGUGCCACAAAAUCCAUGUCUGUGACUUUUAUUUGGGUUUACUUGUUGAUUUUUAUGCAUGUUCUUCCUAUGUUUGCGUGGGUUUACAUGUAGUAGGUGAAUUGGGUAAGCUAAAAUGGCCGUAGUGUAUGUGUAGUGUGUGCGAAUGAGAAUUAUGGAUGUUUUCCAGUGAUGGGUUGCGGCUGGAAAGGCAUCCGCUCCAUAAAACCAAAAAGCAUAGAAUCACCAAGAGGCGACACCCUAGUGCAAUUUGUAAAACGGCCACUAGAUGGCGCGGCGGCCAUUUUGGAAUGAAAACUCCGAUAGAGCAAAAGCAAAUUAUAAGUUUUUAAAAUAAACUGUUAAAAGUGCU